GUCAACAACAUAUGUUUUGGUUUGGUUAUGGGUUUGUACCCAAUAGAUUAAAUGUAUUUUGAAACAAGAGAUUAUCCAAAUUAUUAAAAUACAAUCAAAGCAGUAUAUUAUUAUAAAAAAUUUGAUAAAUAUUAUUCAAUUUUAAAUAUAGUGCGGAGACAGUUACGACGAUUUUUUCAUAAUUUUCCUUUUAUCCCACUUAUUUUAAUACUAAUUUUGAUAGCUCCAGCAAUCCUAAUGUUUAGAAAUAUAAUUUUUUUGUGCUUAACAGUUUUGAAUACUUCUGGUGAUCGAUCUUAUCGUGAUAAUGAAUGGAACGGCAAUUGGUUUCCCCAUUCACCUAACGAACAAGAUACAAAUCCUCCGUUUGUUAAUAAAAAUACCAUGACAAGAAACGACAAUCGCGUUGAAAUGGGCAUAAGUGAUCCCCAUUGUGAUGAUGGAGAGACUAAUUUAAAUAUUGAUUGGGAUAAUAAUCCAGUGAAUUAUACUUGCCUAGACAGAAAAGACUUAUACAAACCUAGUAGUUACAUUCAUCCUGUUCAUACCGUUGAAAGGAUACCUACAUUUUAUGUGGCUUCUCAUAAAUGUAUGAACGAAUCGAUACAAUACAGUACAUCAAUUCCAACUUUUGGUACACAUCGUCCGUUAUGGCCUAUAUACGGCGAAUACAAAUUCCUUCCGAAACAGCGAUGGUUACAUAACCUCGAACACGGUGCCGUCGUUAUGUUAUAUCAUCCGUGUGCUAAUAAAAACGAAGUUAAAUUACUCAAAAAUUUAGUUAAGGGAUGUUUAUUCAAACACAUUAUAACUCCUUAUAAUUUAUUGAACCCAUCGAGGCCGUUAGCUUUAGUUACUUGGGGACAUCGUUUGGAAAUGUCCAAAGUAUCAGAAAAUUUGGCGGUAAGAUUUAUAAGGGAACACGCUCUCAAAGGGUACGAAUCAACGUUCAAAAAUGGCCAAUACAAUUAUGGAAUUUUACAACGAGCUGAUUUCGUUAGCGAUUUACACGAUUCGGUCGUAUGUCCAACGGCUACGAAUAUUAUGAAGUAAAUGUACCUAAUAUUAUUUACGACCAAAUUAUUAUAUAUGCUAUAAAUAAACAAUCUCUAUUUA